CAGUGAUUUGAUUUUAAACCUUAUUUCCAGGUUAGUCGACUCCCACUGAUGGCAUGUUGAAGUUCAUUGAACAGCAGCUGAGAGGGCGUCGGAUCAGAAGGGGACUGCUCUAAAAGCUGGGCUUGCAACAACAUGGGCCAGUGUGUCACUAAGUGCAAGAAUCCUUCUUCCACCCUUGGCAGCAAAAAUGGAGAUAGAGAAUCUAGCAGCAAGUCUCAUGGCAAAAGAAGUGCAGUUCACAAAGAAGAACAUACCUCAGUAUGUGCAAAAUCCUCUGGCGACAUACUUGUCAAUGGGACAAAGAAAACGGAUACUGCUUUAGAUUCUAGUCAACCUCCAACUUUCUCUGGGGAUGCAAAGAAAGAGCCUGUUUCCGGCACCGAGGAAUCGUCACUUCAAAGGAUUGGGGAAUUGUUUAGGAGAUACAAGGACGAACGAGAAGAUGCCAUACUGGAAGAAGGCAUGGAACGUUUUUGUAAUGACCUCUGUGUUGACCCCACUGAAUUUAAAGUGCUAGUGUUGGCUUGGAAAUUCCAGGCAGCUACUAUGUGCAAAUUUACAAGGAAGGAGUUCUUUGAGGGCUGCAAAGCAAUAAAUGCGGACAGCAUUGAUGGCAUUUGUUCUAGGUUCCCCAGCCUCUUAAAUGAAGCCAAACAAGAAGAUAAAUUCAAGGAUCUCUAUCGUUUCACCUUUCAGUUUGGCCUGGACUCUGAAGAAGGACAGAGGUCUCUACAUCGGGAAAUAGCCAUUGCCCUUUGGAAGUUAGUCUUCACCCAAAAUAACCCCCCUAUAUUGGACGAGUGGUUAAACUUCCUAAUUGAGAACCCCUCAGGAAUUAAGGGAAUCUCCCGGGACACAUGGAACAUGUUUCUAAAUUUUACUCAGGUGAUUGGACCAGACCUUAGCAACUACAGUGAAGAUGAGGCCUGGCCUAGUCUCUUUGAUACCUUUGUGGAAUGGGAAAUGGAACGAAGGAAAAAAGAAGAGGAAACCAAAUGUAUUACAUGUUCAGACACAGAAGGUCCGUGUAUAGAAGAACAGACUUAACAGCAUUUAAGCAGCAGAGACAGAAAUAACCUGUUGCCCUUCAUUAAAUGUAAACUCUGGACCUUUCUGGAAAUUACUGAGGCUCCAGAUUUUUCUACUUUACACCUUUCUCUGCCUUGUAUUUGAAAGGGCUCUAAAAUGCUGUAUCAUGGUUUAGGCACUUUCUUAAUUUUGGUUAUACCUUCAACUCUUGCCCUGAAAUAUUUGACCCUGGCUACAAGUUAAAAACAGUUAUUGUUUUUUUUUUUUUAAAGAUUUCAGAUUAGUAUAAGUCUGACAUUUCUUGCACAAUGUAGAUCUUUUUGUUAGGUUUAAAUUAACAUUGCUAAAUUAUACAGUGCCAGAUUCAAGUUUUGUAUCCUACACCUAUCAGGGCAGGUCUGUACUGUGUGUAGUGCUGUUUACAUUGUUGAAAUUUUAGGUUAUAUUAAUUUUAAGGUUUUAUACCAAUAUGAAUAGCAGUGUUAACUGCUAACUACAAAUGCAUUAAUUCCCUCUAAAAACAAUGUAAGCGACUGCUUUUUGUAAUAUGGCUAAAUCCCAUUUUAAGCUAACUCUCAAAAAACAUGAGUUCAGGUCAUUCUUUUUUUGGAGUGUUGAACUAAAUGUUGGUUUUUAUUUAUGAAAACAUACUGUACCUGUCAGUCAACUGAACUGUAGUUAACACUUUGUAUCUAAAUUACUUAAGCAUCACAUGCAAAAGAGCAGUGCUACCUCAGUUUUACUGGAAGUAGACUUCCUUGAUGAAUUUUCCUUUCUGCUGAAGAAGUCAUUCAUAUUUUUAUGGCUACGUGAAAAUACUUUGGAGCCAAAGGUUCUGCAUCUUAUGGCUGGUAAACAUUAACAGAAGCAAAAAAAAGCUGCUUUCGAGGGAAACUGGGGUAUGUAAAUCUGCUUUAAUUUACACUUGAUCUGUUCUUAAGUAUUAUCAACUUAUUUGUCUGGCAAGUGCAGUACACCUGUGUAGGGAUGAUCUCUUGCAUUAAUGUUGACAAACCAAUUUUUUAACCUAUACUUAAUUGCUAAAGCAUAGUUACAUCCCUCCAAAUUUUCUGGGGCAGCAACAACAUUGGCACCCAAUGAAAAAGUGAGUUCUUCAAUGUGUUCUUAAUGACAACACUGUAGACAAUUCAUUUUUAGGCUGAUUUAAUAAUGUUUAAAUAGGACUCAAUUUAUUGUUUUAAAUUACCUGUACUGGGAUUAUUUGCCUGUUGUGACCUAAAAAGGGAGUUUUAUUAACACUGGUUGAAAUUUU